AUGACCUUCAUCCCACUCUCACCAUGUUGUCUCACUGGUGGUCGACUUACAGGUACACCUCGAGGUAUAUACCGACCUGCCGAUGAUGAAAGGCAAGUCGGAAGGUAUCAUACCACCCCAUCAAAUGAGAGUGUAGUCAGUGACAAAGUCGCUAUGGUCUUAUACACCGAUUUCUUCUGCUUGGCACUGCCAAACCCGAAGAUCAUGGCUGAUGCCUUCGCUGAUGCAUUGGGUAUAAAUGUAUUUGUACCAGAAUAUAUCGUCGACCCUCCUUCUGUGGACCUGUUCGAUUCUGUUGCUCCUCUUUAUCCUGGUCAAUACGCUUCACGAUCAAUGUUCACUUCGAUUUACAUGUUUGGACAAGUCAUACUCAAGGCUUGGAGAUGGUUGCCGGCGAUGUUCUCACCAAAGAAACAACUUCCACUUGCUCAAGCUUCAUUGGAUGAAAUUGUACAAGAAGGAUAUACGAAGAUCGUCAUUGUCGGAUAUUGUAGAGGAGGAGCAAUGGUUCAACACUUACUUUCCAACUCUAAGAAUGAAUGUUUGGUGGGUGGAGUAAUAUGUCAUCCCACACCUGAAGAAUCAACUUGGUCAAAUAUCACAAAACCAACUCUAUGGAAUUUAGCAGAUCAAGAUCAAAUGUUCGGUAUAAAAGAUAUCGAUCAUCUGAAAAGUACCUUCGAGGCUAAAGAAGGUGUGGAAUUCCAAUGUAAUGUAUAUAAAGAGACACUCCAUGGAUUCGCUACCAGGCCUACCCUGGAUCACGAACCCACUAAGAAGGCCUUUGAAAAGGCUAAUAGUUCAGCAAUUGACUUUACCCGAAAGCUUCUUUUUGAAUGA